UGAAUAUUUCAGUGUCUGUAGUAACGACGUCUUAGUUUAAUCAGUAGAGAGAAUCCUUCCGCCCAGAACCGCCAGGUAUUUUAGCUGUUCGGUUCUGAAUGAACCAACACUGAAAACAGGGAACUAGUUGAUAUCGCGGAGGAAGCAGGACCAGUCCAGCUCCAUUAUUUGCAUCGUUUAUAUUUAUUUGUUUUCUUUCAUUUAUAGUUUUGAGAAACUGGAAACAGUAGAUAAAAACCGGUGUGAAAAAUAUUCCUCAAUGAAGAAACAAGAUUCUCCGGACUUCCGGCAGCAUCGUUCCAGUAAGAGCAAGCGGAGAUUUUUUGAGGCAGAUGGACAGGAAAUGCUGCAACACUGAUGUUUGGGAAAAACGUAAGAAGGUCUUCCACUGCAUUAUGUCUGUUGCUACCUGUGAAGAACUUCCUGAUCGCCUUCUGAUAACUGGAGACAGAAACUCCAUUCCUGACGACGAGAUGCUAAACGAUUUACAAAUAAAGGAGGAACAGGAAGAAGCAGAACCACAGCAGGCGAGUGAUCCAAACGAGGAACCAGAACCUCAGCCUGAGAAAGCAGAACGUGUUGAAGUGUGGGUCUUUCAGGACGAACAGCUUUCAGUGCAGCAGGAGACCAGCGUCUCUACGGUGACUCCGGCUGAUGGGGAAAAGAUCCACAACGAACCAGAACAGCUGCAGAUUAUAAAGGAGGAAACAGAAUCUGUGGAGAUUAAAGCAGAACCGGAGGAUUUCUUCAACAGUCAGGAUGAAGGUCUACUUGAGGCGAAGGAGGAGCCUGAAACCUCGAUGGUGACUCCAACUCAUGACGACAUUGAUCCAGAACCAAACACCAACCAGCCUGUCCCACUCAGCUCCCCUGAAGAACUGAACCCACAGCAGCAAGGAAGCGACCAGAACACAUAUUGUUGUGACGUGUGCAAAAAAUCUUUCACAGCUCGUAAGAAUUGGAUUUAUCACCUUAAAACCCAUAAAGAGGAAAAGCCUUUCCUAUGUCUAACUUGUGGAAAAGGUUUCAUUUGGAAAUCAGCUUUAACGCUACAUCUUAGAACGCACACAGACGAGAAACCGUAUCCCUGUGAACUGUGCGACAAAUCUUUCAGUAAAAAGAGUUAUUUGGCUCGUCACAUAAGGGUUCACGGGGAUGAGAGGCCGUUUCCUUGUGACUUGUGUGGGAGAACAUUCAGACACAGUAGUAAUCUGGCCCAUCACCGUAAAGCUCAUACAGCUGACAAACCUUAUCCCUGUGACUUGAAUGACAAACAGUUCAGCGAACAUAGUAGCUUGGCCAACCACCUUACGACUCACACAGACGAGAAACCUUACCCUUGUGAACUGUGUCACAAAUCUUUUAAUAAAAGGAGUUAUUUGGCUCGUCACAUAAGGGUUCACGGGGAUGAGAGGCCGUUUCCUUGUGACUUCUGUGGAAGAACCUUUAGACACAGUAGCAAUCUGGCCCAUCACCGGAGAGCUCACACGGGUAAAAAGGUUUAUUUUUGUGACUUGUGUGACAAACCUUUUAGCAAACAUAGCAGUUUGGCUGAUCAUCUUAAAACUCACACUGAUGAGAAGCUGUAUUCUUGUGAACUGUGUGAUAAAUCUUUCAGUAAAAAGAGGUAUUUGACUCGUCACAGAAAGAUUCACGGAGAUGAGAGGCCAUUUCCUUGUGACUUUUGUGGUAAAACCUUUAGACACAGCAGUAAUUUGGCUCGUCAUCAUAAAGCUCAUGCAGCUGACAAGCAUUAUUCUUGUGACCUUUGUGAGAAACAUUUUAUCGACCAAAAUAGUUUGGCUGAUCACCUCAGAACUCACACAGACGAGUUGGAGUAUCCCUGUGAUCUGUGUGAUAAAUCCUUUUAUAAAAGAAGUUAUUUGGCUCGACACAGUCGGAUUCACGGGGAUGAGAGGCCGUUUCCUUGUGAUUUUUGUGGUAAAACCUUUAGACACAGUAGUAAUUUGUCUGAACAUCGUAGAACUCACGCAACUGACGAGCAUUAUUCUUGUGACUUGUGUGACAAACAUUUUAUCAACCAGAGUAGUUUGGCUUGUCACCUUAGAACUCACACAGACGAGAAACUGUAUCCUUGUGAACUGUGUGAUAAAUCCUUUAGUAAAAGAAGUUAUUUGGCUCGACACAGAAGGAUUCACUGGGAUGAGAGGCCAUUUUGUUGUGACUUUUGUGGUAAAACCUUUAAGCACAGUAGUAAUUUGGCUCGUCACCGCAGAGCUCACACAGGUGAGCCUCUUAGCAACCCGAGUUGUUUGGCUCUUCACAACAAGACUCACAAAGAUAAGAGGCCUUAUUCCUGUAAAUUGUGCAAAAAAUCUUUCAGAAAAAAUAUUGAUUUGAUUCGUCACCUUCACACUCACACAGGUGAGAAGCCAUGUUCUUUGUAGGAAACGUGUCCAGGCCUUUCCUGGUGACGAACAUUUUGUCGACUGUAGUAAUUUAGCUCUUAAUAAAAACACAGAGAGGAGUUUUUAUUACCGUCUACAAAUUCAAACUGAACUGGUGUCAAACGUUUGUGCGGCGACAUCUUCUUUUUAUGCUGCUAUCGUUUUAAAGAUAUGAAUAAACUUUUCCAGAGGUCAUCAAAGGUCAACCAGUCUUAUGAUGACCUCUGGAAACAUUUAUUAAUAUCUUUAAAAUACAGCAGCACAACCAAAAAAUGUGGCUGGAAUUAAUUUAGUUUGAAGAAGUUGAGGGAGCAACUUCCUUCAUUCAUGUAAAUUAUACAAGAAAUCUUUCUCAAAUUAUUGACUUCAAACCCAAACAAGUUCCUUGUGAUAAAACCUUCUAGACAACGCGACGGUUCGGCCCGACAGAAAAACUCAGGGUUAAGAAACCUCCAGGUUAUUCAGUUUACUUUAUCAGGUAGCAGUUUACAGCACAUGUAGAGCAGAAACCACAUAUUCAUAUUCAGCAAAUAAAAAGAUGCACAAACAGUUAAUGUUGCUGAAGUUCAAGCAGACCAUACGUCUCUUGUUUUGGGUCCGUUGGAAUCGGCUCAGAUUGAGGACGCUGCUGCUGCAGCCGGUAAACGUGUCAUGAAAAGUGUCCCGUACCGACGGGCUGAGCGGCCGCUCCCAAAAUCCCAAAGACUGGCCCGGUGCAACUUCUUUGGUUCGGAUAAGAAAGUGUCUCAUCAAUACUUGAUCAGAGCGAUCGGAGUGGAGAUGUCCAACUUAGUGAUGUUAGUAAAACAGAAAUCUCUUCACCACUGUGUCUCUGUUGUAAAUUCCCUGCUUCAGUAGUUACUAACACUGUGUUUAAAUGUCUACAUGUUCUUUGUUUUCAACUAGAGGAUGGUUACUGUGAAUGCACCGAUCAGCUAAAGUAUUAAUUAUAAAUCUUCCUUGUAAAGUUGUGAUAAAUAACAUCAACCAUGUUUUAUCUUUUGCCACUCAGAUCAUCUUCCACAUUCUCCUAACUCGCUGCAGGCAGCGGCGGUAAAAUGUUUCUGCCAAACCAGAGCAGGAGGUUAAAUACGUCUGAAUAAUUAAAAUCAGGUCUGUUGCUGCAGCCUGGAUGAAAUCCGUUCCUGAAUGAUGAUCAAACUCCAGUCGCUGUCCUGCAGGUUUUAGAUGAGCCAAACGGUUUAAUGACCUCCUCCUUGGGUAGAUCAAUAGAUCAGUAGAUCAGUAGAUCAGUAGAUCAGUAGAUCAAUAGAUCAGUAGAUCAAUAGAUCAGUCGAUCAGUAGAUCAGUAGAUCAGUAGAUCUAUAGAUCAGUCGAUCUAUAGAUCAGUAGAUCAAUCCUCCAGAGCCUUAAUAAUCUAAUUAUUCUGUUCAGGUGCUGCAGCAGAGGCUCAUGUAAAAGUUUCAGGGCCGCGGGCCUCCAGGACUGGAGUUUGACCCCUGUGCUGUAAAUCAACUAAUAAGUUUUUUUAAUACUGAUGCUGUAUUUUGUUCAGAGUUUUUUAUGUAAAGUAUUAAUAUUUGGCAAAGUUCCUUUUUAAUAAAGCUUUACUUUGAUCACAAGAAA